AAUUCAUCUCUGUCAAGAACAAUCCAAGAUCGAAAAGAAUUUUUACAUCGCAUUCCAGUACCAAUUUUUCCAUCGACUAAAUUAUUGGCCGAUUUUUCAUUCCUUAAUGAUGUUUGUAAUUUUGAAGAAAUCGUUUCGAAGAACAAAUUGGGAAGGUCGUAUAAUCCAGGAAAACCUUUAGCUAUGUCUGAGCGUCGAAAAAUAUUGGAUCUCUACGAGAAAGGCCAUAAAAUAAGUCAUAUUGCGAGAAUAAUCGGUGUUACACACAGUUGUGUCUCGAAAAUAAUGAGCAGAUAUCGCCGAACAGGCUCUAUGCAACCUCGCUCGACCUGCAAUAACCGACGGCAUUAUGGAACCUGUGGACGAAUGCUUGUUGAAAAAGGUACCAAUAAUGCGAAUGCUAAUGAUAGCAAAAGUCAAGCAGAAUUCAGACGGGGCUUUUGCCCUAAUAAUUUUUCAGCACCAAUAAAGUCAUCGUACUCCAUCAGCAGGUGA